CUGCCGAUCAGUCGAGGCUCGUUUCCAUUGGCUGGCUCGCGUUCCAAGGCUCGUAAUUCCGACCCCGCGCGGGCCAGGCUCGAAGGCGACUUCCGCGCGGAGCGAUGGCGGCCGAGGCGAGAGGCGCGGCGGCCCGGGAUGCGGCAGAGAAGGCGCGGGGCAAGCAGGCCGCCCUCUCCUUCGCCGCCAUGGCCGUUCUGGUGGGGCUGCCCCUCUGGUGGAAGACGACCGAGACUUACCGGGCGGCGCUGCCGGACUCCGAGAUCGCCGAGCUGGACGCGCUUCUGUUCCAGCUGACGGUGCCCGUCUCAGUGGUCCUUGUCAAAGGGGUCCUCCCAAAAGACCAGGAGCGCAAGGUCCCCUUCAAGCAGGUGCAGGAGACGGAGAUCCCCUUGAAUGCCAAGACAGGUGUGGUUGCUCGCUACGACCUUUCCUUUCGCCUCGCCACUUCCCAGGAGCAGGCGUUCCUGUCGCAGGCCUCGGUCCAAGAGGCAGACGAGGGGCUGCAGCCAGUGGAAGGCCUGCCGGUGGGCUCCCUCGCCAUCUACGUGAUCCCCGCCGGCUCUCUUCUCCUGCCCCAGGGCUCAGAGAUGUUCAUCGGGAAGCGCCGGAGCGCCAUCCUCAGAGCCCCCCCAGGGGCAAAGGACGUCCUGGGAGCCCUGAAUGACCGGCUGCAGCAGCUGAUCCAGGCCAUGUCCUUCACCACCGAGACCCUCGUGGAGGCCCUGGCCGACCGGGUCCCGCUGGGCCAGCCAGGAGCCGAGUGGAAACGCCCCUUCAAGUCCAGUUUCGGAUACGAGAUCACCUUCAGUUUGCUAAACCCUGACCCCAAAGCCCACGACGUGCACUGGGACAUCGAGGGAGCCCUCCAGCGCUUCGUGAAGCCCCUGCUCAAGAAGCUGAGCCCACUGGCCGAAUUCUCGGUGGACUCUCAAAUCCUCUACUACGCAGCACUGGGAGUCACGCCUCGCUUUGACCCCACUUCCGCCAGCUACACCCUGAGUGUGCAUAGCCUCCCGCAUGUCAUUAACCCCGUGGAAGCCCGGCUGGGUUCCAGUGCUGCUUCGCUGUAUCCUGUCCUCAACUUCCUGCUUUACGUCCCCGAGCGGCUGCAUUCGCCCCUCUACAUCCGCGGGAAGGACGGUGCCCCGGUGCCCACCAACGCCUUCCACAGCCCCCGCUGGGGUGGGAUCAUGGUCUACAAUAUUGAGCCUGAAGCCGGCAACGAGACCUCCCUGCCCAGGAGAGUUGAGGUGGAGAUGGUGGGCACCAUGGAGGUCUUCCUGGCCCAGCUGCGAUUAUUGUUCAGCAUCUCCUCCGGGCCUCUGCCAGAAGGGGCUUUGCUGGACACCCCCGGGAACGAGGGCCUGACCGACUGGGAGCUGGACCGCUUGCUGUGGAGCAGGACGGUGGAAAACGUGGCCACCGUCUCCACCACGCUGACCUCGCUGGCCCAGCUGCUGGACAAGAUCAGCAACAUCGUCAUCAAGGACGACGUGGCUUCGGAGGUCUACCGCGCCGUGGAGUCUGCCCGGCAGGCAAUGACGGAGCUGAGCCUGGGUCAUCUGGACUCGGCAUUCCAGGCCAGCAAGGCUGCAGCCAGCUCGUCCGAGCGGGCCUUCUUCGACCCCUCCCUCCUACACCUGCUCUACUUCCCCGACGACCAGAAGUUUGCCAUCUACAUCCCGCUCUUCCUCCCCAUGGCUGUCCCCAUCCUUCUCUCGCUGGCAAAGAUGGUUUGGGAGAGGAAGCAACAGCACAAGGAGCCCACCAAGAUGGACUGAGGGGUCUCUGGACACCCAGGCGGGUGUCUGACUCUUGGCGGGGCAUCUGCCCUAAUGGUAGGUCCGGCCAGCAUGGCGGACUCCCUGUUGAGGAGAGGAGCUGAUGUUUCCACUUGUCUACUUCUUUAAAAGAGCACAUCCCUUUUGCUGCAAACGAGCCCAGAAGGACUUCAGAAACUCCUUUGCUGGCCAGGCAGGAUGGAGAGACAACUUCGGCUCAAGGCUCAGCUGCAAGGGGGGGGGGAGUUUCCCUCUCAUGAAAUCUAACCAGCUGAUGCACAUGAGGCCACUUGGAGGGCACAAUCCUCCCCCCUCCCCAAAAGCAGAAUGGGGAGGUUCCCCCUUUGUCUCCUGAGCAAGUGUUGGAUUGAUCUUCCAUUAAAGUUGCGCUGGCUGACUGGUGGAAGCGCUGAGCCUGCUUUGCAGCUCCACCGUGUUUUCUCGGUGGGUGGGGCAGCCAGUGAGGAGGCUAAAAUAUGUCUAAUUUGAUGAAAAGAAGGACUGGGGGGGGACAAGAUAGCAGUCUUCCAGUACCUGAAGGGCUGCCCCAACGAAGAGGGGGGUCAACCUGUUCUCUGAAGGCAGGACAAGAAGCAAUGGGUGGAGAGAAGCAACCUGGAAUUGAGGGUAAAAUUCCUGACAGAACAAUUAACCAGUAGAACAAUUUGCCUCCAGAAGUUGUGAAUUCUCCAACGCUGGAAGUUUUUAAGAAGAGAUUGGACAGGCAUUGGUCUGAAGUGGUAUAGGGAAUGCUGCCUAACCAGGAGGUUGGACUAGAAGACCUCUAAGGUCCCUUCCAACUUCUAUUCCUGUUCUGUUCUGUUCUAUUCUAUUCUGUUCUAUUCUUAGUAGGUUGGUUUGUUUGUUUAUUAAAUUUCUAUACCGCCCAGCUCACUGAUACAAAAGAUGUCUUACAAUAUAAAAAGUAAAACAAAAAUGCUGGGUAUUAAGCAACCCAGGAGAUUCUAGGGAUGUCCAAGCUUAAGGCCUGUGGACAAUUUGAUUUAUUUAUUUGUAUUUUGCAUUGAUUAUUUUUUACAAAUAACUCAAUACCUACCUCUUCCUCUUUUUCCCACCACAACCCUGAGAGACGGGGACUGGCCCAAAGGACACCCAGUUGGCUUUCAUGCCUAAAGCAAAACUAGAACUCACCGUCUCCCGGUGAUUGGCCCAAAGGACACCCAAAUUAUAAAUGUAUUAAAGGUAAACUAUAUGAAUUACUAGAAGAAAAAGUAAAGGAUCUAAAGGAGGGGUGUCACACUCAAGGCCCACUGGGCUGACCUGGAAAGGGUGAAGGAGGGGCCCGCAGUGC